UGGAGGAAGCUGGCAGCCUGACGCAGGCGCCCUUCGGCCCUGCUGUCGCGCGUGUCGCCGUAGAGGGGCUGGCGGCAGAACCUUGUCGUUCUGACCCGGGAACUUCCUCGGAACAUCUGGUAGAAAUGUCUAAUGCAAAAGAAAGAAAACAUGCUAAGAAAAUGAGAAACCAACCUACUAAUGUGACUUUGUCCUCUGGCUUUGUGGCUGAUAGAGGCGUGAAGCAUCAUAUUGGAGGUGGGAAACCUUCCCAAGCUGAGAAGCAAGAACCUCACUCUGGAACUGGACGACUGUGGCAAGCCAAAAUGACCUCCCACUCACUGUCUGAGCCCGACGGGAACGAGCUGUGUUCUUCCAAAGUCAUGUUUAAGAAGAAGGGAGGCUGGAAAGCUGGUCCUGAGGGCACCUCUCAGGAGAUCCCCAAGUACAUAACUGCCUCUACUUUUGCCCAGGCACGGGCUGCUGAAAUCAGUGCUAUGCUGAAAGCUGUGACCCAGAAGUCUUCUAAUUCGCUGGUCUUCCAGACCCUACCCCGGCACAUGAGACGGAGAGCCAUGAGCCACAAUGUCCGUCGCCUUCCUCGACGGUUACAGGAGAUGGCGCAGAAAGAGGCGGAGAAAGCUGUACAUCAGAAAAAAGAACACUCGAAAAGCAAAUGCCACAAAGCGCGAAGGUGUCACAUAAACCGGUUGCUAGAAUUUAACCGUAGACAAAAGAAGAACAGGUGGUUGGAGACUCACAUUUGGCACGCCAAGCGGUUUCACAUGGUCAAGAAGUGGGGCUACUGCCUCGGCGACAGGCCGACGGUGAAGAGCCACAGGGCCUGCUACCGGGCCAUGACGAGCCGCUGUCUCCUGCAGGAUUUAUCCUACUACUGUUGUUUGGAGUUGAAGGGCAAAGAGGAAGAAAUACUAAAGGCGCUUUCUCAAAUGUGUAGUGUGGACACAGGACUCACCUUUGCAGCAGUUCACUGCUUAUCUGGCAAGCGCCAGGGAAGCCUCCUGCUUUACCGGGCAAAUAAGUAUCCCAGACAGGUGCUUGGGCCUGCUACAUUCAUUUGGAAAUCAGAGAUGACCCCCGGUGACCUUGCCACGUGUCGGCAGUUGUGGAUCUGGCUUCAUCCAACUCUUAAACAGGAUAUAUUAGAGGAAAUAAAAACGGUGUGCCAGUGUGUAGAAACCAUCCGGCUUGCUGUGGAUGUCCCCAAUCCGCUCUUAACACCAUCUCAGGAGAAAAACCAAACUGAACUGUCCAAGGAGAGAAAUGGAAAGAAAAGAAAAAGACGAGAUGAUGGGGAGAUGGCUGGACCGAUUAAAAAAGUGGCUGGUGAUGGAACUAGAGACCCCCUCCAGCCGCGCUCCUGGGUCUCCCCCACCACAGGCAUUCUGGUGAGUGACUUGACGAUGGAGAUGAACAGGUUUCGGCUGAUUGGUCCGCUUUCACAUGCCAUCCUGACCCAGGCCCUGAAGGUUGCUGCUGUUCACACUGAGGAAGAGGGCACAGGGGAGACGCCCCACCGCUGGUGGAUGGAGGCCUGUAAGAACCCUGAUAGCCUGUCCCUGCAUCGCAGACAAGAAGCGAUUUUUGAAUUGUUGGGAGGAGUAACAUCACCAGCGGAAAUUCCAGCAGGUACCGUUUUGGGAUUGACAAUUGGGGAUCCUCGAAUAAAUAUGCCUCAGAAGAGGACCAAAGCUUUAUCCAGUCCAGAAAAUUGCCAAGAUAAUGAGAAAGUUAGACAGCUGCUCCUGGAGGGUGUGCCUGUGGAGUGUACGCAUAGCUUUAUCUGGGACCAAGAUAUCUGUAAGAGUGUCACAGAGAAUAAAAUCUCGGAUCAGGAUCUAAACCGGAUGAGAAGUGAAUUGUUGGUGCCUGGGUCACAGCUGGUUUUAGGUCCCCGGGAAUCCAAGAUCCCUAUACUGUUGAUACAGCAGCCGGGAAAAGUGACUGGUGAAGACCGGCUGGGCUGGGGAAGCGGCUGGGAUGUCCUGUCCCCCAAGGGCUGGGGCAUGGCUUUCUGGAUCCCGUUUAUCUACCGAGGUGCACGAGUUGGAGGAUUGAAAGAGGCUGCGGUCCAUUCUCAGUACAAAAGGUCGCCCGCCAUCCCCGGUGACUAUCCAGACUCCCCUGCUGGGAUCCUCUUUGCUGAAGAGCAAGCCAGGAAUCUUCUGGAGAAGUACAAAAGACGCCCUCCUGCCAAACGCCCCAACUACGUUAAGCUGGGUACCCUGGCCCCUUUCUGCUGUCCCUGGGAACAUCUGGCUCGAGACUGGGAGUCAAGAAUCUGUGCCCAGGAUGAAUCGUGGGUCAGUUGGUCUCCAGAUGGCCAGGAGAGCACCUCACUGGGCCGUGAUGUGGUGCGUGGUGCUGCCGAGCCCAAGCGAGCUUCUCAGGCACCCGGGGUGCCAGAGGAAAUGAUGCACAUGGAGUGUCAAGCCCACUCAGGGCCCAGGAGGGCCAGGGACCCUGUUCUCCGUGAGGUCUGCAUCGCUGCCUCUGGCACUCAGCUUUGUGUCCUUAGGAGUAGAAAAUUACUGAAGCAGCUCUCGGCCUGGUGCAGGCCCAGUUCUGAGGACAGCCGGGCAUCCCAGCGGGCUCGUGGGGGAUGCCAGGAGAAGCUGACAAGGGAGGCCUGCCUGUCCAUUUUGGCCCAUUUCCCCAGGGCCCUGGUGUGGGUGAGCCUGGCCCUGCUCCGGAAGGGCAGCCCUGAGCCACACACCAUGGUCUGUGUCCCAGCCCGGGAGGAUGUGCUGCAGCUCCGUCAGGAUCGCCACUACUGCGGGCCCCAGGAGCCCAAGCACAGCGACCCGUUCAAGAGCAAGAACCUCAAGCGUCAACAGAGGAAGCAUGAAGGACGGGCCACGGCCACGGAGCUGGCUGCAGGGGAGCCUGUGGCCGAGCUGGAAGCCCCAACCCGGGGGUUGUGGUCAGGCCCUCUCCCAGGAGUGACUGCACACUGCUCGAGGCCUCUCUUGGGCUUUGUUACGCAGGGAGAUUUCUCCAUGGCCGUGGGCUGCGGGGAGGCCCUGGGGUUCGUCAGCUUGACGGGCUUGUUGCACAUGUUGGCCUGCCAGCCGGCAGCCCAGCGGGGCCUGGUGUUGCUGAGGCCCCCCGCCUCCCCGCAGUACCGGUUUGCACGCAUUGCCAUUGAGGUGUGAAUGUGGGGUUCCAGGCCAGCAAGGCGUAGAUGCUAACUUAGUUUGGCCAAGUCCCAUUGGAGACUCCAGCUUUCUCCAUCUUCUGUUUGGGGGAAUAAUCAUGUGAAAUGUCUUGGAAACAAGACUUAAAUUGAUAUAUUAUGCAAAGGACAAAACGCUUAGUUCCAGUAAUCUCAUUGGUGUGCGGCUCUGCUUGCCUUUGCUCACAUGCUGUGGAGUUACUGGGCAUGCAUGACCAAAAGCCCCUGUGUUGUCAUUUCUUCAUCUGUGUGAUCCUCAUGGAAAGUCACUAGCACCCUGUCCUUCUUGGUCUCCUUUGAUUUGUUAGGAACAAAGGGUUGUCUUUUUGAAAAACCUUGUUGGUCAUGUGAUCCGCAGUAGUAACUGUUUAAGGGUUGGAUUGUUCCAGAACAGGAGACUAGUCAUCAGGAGUGUGCCCACAUGCUGUGGCCCACAUCCGUUCUCUGCUGCGGUGGGCAGGCUCAGAACCUUCAUCCAGUUCCCAGGCAGGCUUACUCAUGGUGCAAGUGUGACCCUUCAACCUUCUAACAUUGACAAACAUAUAAUCCUAGGAUUUCCCCAGUUGUUCGAACUGUAACAUUAAUAUUGAUUUUUUUGGGGGGGGGAAGCUAAGUUCAACAAAACUAAACAUUUGCUUAUGAAAGGACUUCUGGAACCUUCUAUGUAAUCAUGUGCAUUAUGGAUAAUGGUGCACACUGUUUUC